AAAUCUGACAAACAGAGGAAGAAGGCUGCAGGAGGAGGGUGAGAAAAGAAAGGAAAUCAACCAGAAAAGGGAAGAAUAAAUGAUAGGAGUUCAUUUGAGGAAAGACUUGAUCUGAUAACAAUGUUGAGGCUAAGUUUCCUACUUCUCUUGAUUUCCUGCUCUGCAUAUUCGGUGCUUUUGGGAUGGGUGGAGUCUCCGGGGUAUCCCACGGGAUAUUCGCCUCAUGACAGUGUGAACUGGACUCGAUGUGCCCCCAAAGGUCACAGCCUGUUCAUCAGGCUCAUCCACCUGGACCUGGAGGACAGCCAAGACUGUGCAAAUGAUGCAGUGAAGGUUUUCUCAAACGGAACCUUAAUAUCGAUCCUGUGUGGUAAAAAGGAAUUUGAGGAGCUGGAGGAGGUGGUGAAUCCGUUGCAUUUCUCCUCCCCUGGUGGCUGUCUCACACUUUUGUUUCACUCGGACUACGCAAACGCUGAGAAACAUGCUGGUUUUAGAGGCUUUUACAGCAUUCAAGACUUUAAUGAGUGUGAGGACAACCUGAACUACAGAUGCAGCCAGUUCUGUCACAACUUCAUUGGAGGCUAUAACUGCGCCUGUCGCCAUGGCUACUACCUAACGGAGGACAAACACACUUGCACGGUGAGCUGCAAUGAGGAUCUGUCUGGGCUGAACAACGGUGACAUAUCCAGUCCCUUUUGGCCUGAGACGUAUGCAGAGAACGCCAACUGUCAGCACAACCUGUCCGUGGUGGAGAACCUUCAGCUGGAGCUGCACUUCUCUGAGGUUUUUGACGUGGAACAAAGUCCUGAUGGUGAAUGCACUGAUGCACUAACGAUUGAAACUCACUCUGGGACUUUGGCAACAUUCUGUGGUGACAAACCUCCCCCAUCUCCCUUGCUCACUCACUCACACCAAGUCCAAAUCCGCUUCACCUCUGAUGGUUUCGGAGCAAACAAAGGCUUCAGCCUCCACUUCAAGACCAGAGAUAAAGUCUGUUUACCAGAGGUGACCUCAAAGUCCACUGUGACCCCUCUGAAACCAGAAUACAAGUGGGGCCAAACAGUGAUCGUAACAUGUGACGUUGGCUAUGUUGCAAUCUCAACACAAGCCAGCGAUAUUAUCAUGGAGUACGAGGCAAGCUGCCAGAGUACAGGAACGUGGGCUCCCAGCUACCCCUGUGAAAUUGUGGAUUGUGGUUUCCCGGUCCUCGGUGAUGACAGCAUCCUUCAGGUGGUGGAUUCAGCUAAACAAAGUACAGUGUACGAAAAACAGAUCCAAUUUUACUGCAGUUCAAAAUACUACAAGCUGGAUGGAAAUGACACCUACACUUGCAAUGCCAGGGGUGAAUGGAUAUCAAUGGAUGGCAAGGCAGAGAUGCCAAAAUGUGUAGAAGUGUGUGGAAUGCCUGAAAAAUACACCCUAAGUUCAGGAAGGAUUUUGGGAGGAAACGUUGCUGCUCUUGGAGAUGUACCAUGGCAACUUUUAAUAAAAUAUCCAAAGAGAGGAGGUGCAUCACUGAUAAACGAUAUGUGGGCUGUCACAGCAGCACACGUAGUGAACGAACAUCGAGGAAUGCCCUUAAACUUCCACGGUGGAAUAGUUAACGCAAAUUCAUCAGACAGCAUUGUCCUCCAGAGUGAGAAGAUCAUUAUUCAUCCUGGUUAUGAGAAUAACGAUGGCACAAAUUAUGAUAAUGAUAUUGCUCUUAUAAGAUUCAAGUCCCGAGUGAACCUUCAGCCAAAUCUCACUCCUAUUUGUUUGCCUAAUGUAAGCAGAGGUGUAACAGAAAAUGAACAAGGCACAGUGUCAGGCUGGGGAUCAUCACUAAAAAAACGCAAUAAUAAAAUUGUAAAAGUUCAAAAAACACAGUACUUAAACUAUGUUGACAUUGGGGUUUAUUCCUCAUCUAAAUGUGAGAACGUGCCCACCCUGCCCUCUAACAACAAAGAAAUGUCUUUUACAAACAACAUGUUCUGUGCUGGAGCUCCUGGGAAGGACAGCUGCACUGGAGACAGUGGAGGGCCAUUUUUUUCACCCACGAUGGGUUCAAGCGAAGGGCCUUAUCACCUGAUUGGCGUUGUGUCCUGGGGACCCAGCUGUCUGGAUCCUGACCUCAAGGAUGGGAAGGGGUACUACACCACGGUGGAGAAUUAUGUAGACUGGAUCAAAAACACAAUCCAGACAGAAGAAAGGAAUUUUGAGUUAAACUGUUUCGUUACCUGGAACGUUUCUAAACAGGCUCUGCUGAAGAGCAACAAGGAAGGUAGGCUAUAUGUAAAAGCCGUGUGCUGCCCCCUGCUGUUGCUAAACCCCAGAAACAACUAUAUGAUAUCAAUGUGUUACAGCUCUGUCAGACUUUUGCUACGGAUUAGUUCAGUCGUGAAAAUGUUUGAUCCUAGGUCGAGGUGGAUUUCUUUCAUCGUCUGGUUUCUGUACGUGUUGGUGUGUGAGAGCCUCCCGCUGCCUGACUCAGGCCCUCUGAUUCAUAGGGAGGUCAAGUCCCCCCAGUAUCCCCAGCCGUACCCCCCAAACCUGCUGAAGCAGUGGGACCUCAACGUGCCAGAGGGUUUCCAGAUCCGACUGACCUUCACACACCUGGAUAUAGAACCAUCUGCAGGCUGUUAUUACGACUCAGUCACAGUUCUGUACGAUAAAAAACUGCUUGGGAAGUUCUGUGGCACUGAGAACUCUGCCGAUGACCAUCACCCAGGCUAUGAGCCCAUUUUGUCUCCAGGCAACAGGCUUACCCUCGUUUUCCAGACGGAUGACUACAACCCAGAAAGGCGUCAGAAUGUGGGAUUUUCUGCUCAGUACCAGGCGACAGACAUAGAUGAAUGUUCUGCACCAGAACCUGAAGAUGGAUCCGGUCCAUUGUGCUCUCAGAUCUGCCUCAACACACUUGGUUCCUAUCUUUGCGCUUGCCACCAUGGUUACGAGCUACACUCUGACCAGCGCACCUGCAUGUUAUCCUGUGGUGGCGGUAUAUUUGAUGAACCAACGGGACAUCUGUUCAGUCCUGGCUACCCAAACCCUGCGCCUCAUGCUUUGUCCUGUCAGUACGUCAUUUCUGUUGAAGCUGGUUUCACCGUGUAUCUUAACUUCUCCGAUAAAUUUCACAUCGAAAGUGUAAACACAGAGGAAGGCCCAAACUGUUACUAUCACUGGUUGGAGCUCACCGUUCCACAUGAAAAACCUGUGAAACUGUGCGGUGGAACAAGCCCAGGGCUGAUAAACACAAACUCAAACAAUGUCACGCUGGACUACCACACUGAUGAUCAGGGACUGAGCAAUGGAUGGAGCCUGGACUACAGCACCAACAGGGUGAAGUGUCCAGUUCCAGGUGUUGUGGUUAAAGGCAGGGUCACUCCUUCCUUAACAGAAUACUUCUACAGAGACUACAUCUAUGUACGUUGUGAUCAAGGAUACAAGCUGAUGGCGGAUGGCCGGGAGAUUGAGAGUUUCUCUACUAUGUGUCAAAGCAACGCACAGUGGCACCUCCCUCUGCCUGAAUGCCACAUAAUUGACUGUGGUGAACCGGAUCCUUUGCUGAACGGAGGAGUUCGCUUCCUGUCUGGUGCUGAGAAUCAGUACCUUUCUACUGUUGAGUAUCACUGCAACGAACCGUUUUACUCUCUACUUGGCAGCACAAAUGUUACUUUCACCUGUGAGGCAGACAGAAAGUGGAGAUUGACCCGUGAUGAAAGUUUCAGUCCAGUAUGUCUACCAGUCUGUGGCCGGCCAACACAAUACAUCGAAGGCUACCAGAGGAUCAUUGGAGGAAGUGAAGCUCCAGAACAUACCAUUCCCUGGCAAGUGCUAUUAAAUAUAAACAGCAACAGGGGAGGAGGUAUGGUCAUAGCAGAUCGUUGGAUUUUGACAGCAGCUCAUGUGGUGGUACACCAAGGACAACAGUCGCCGGCUCAGUCUAUAAGGAUUUUCAUGGGAGACACAGAUAUUCACAGAAUGGAGACCUCCUUUGUACAUCCUGCCUCAGUCCAUGUUCACCCUGAAUACAACGACCAGGAUGGAUUAAAUUUCAACAAUGACAUUGCACUGAUCAAACUGCAAGAACCGAUCACAUUCAAUGCAGCCGUAAUGCCACUGUGUUUACCAGCAAAGAAUGCCACGUAUACCACAGGACUAGUGGGACUUGUUUCAGGCUUUGGAACUACCAAUGACGGUGGACGGCAGAUGAUAACAAAUAAGCUAAAGUAUGUUAUGCUUCCUGUGGUGGAUCAGGAGAAAUGCAGGGAGUCAAUCACUUUGUGGAAAAAAAUAAGGCCAAACACACCAGACUUGACAGAUAACAUGUUCUGUGCUGGAACUCCUGAAGGUACGCAGGACUCCUGUCAAGGUGACAGCGGGGGUCCCUUCUCUGUGGAUAUUAAUGGCCGAUCCUGGGCUGCUGGGAUAGUCAGCUGGGGGAUUAAAUGUGGACAGAGGGGAAAAUAUGGAGUCUAUACGAAAGUCAUCAACUAUCUGGACUGGAUCAAGCAAGUCAUGCAGGAGAACUGAAAGUUAAAAUGAUUAAACUCAACAAGUGGUGAAGCUGCUGUUGAGACAGAAGUCAAACUAAAGCAUUUGAAGUGCAACACCAACCUAAAUAUACAUUAAGCUGCUGAACAAAUCAAACAUAUGAAAGAAACAAGUUACAGGCGUAAUAAGUAGUGAAUAUGUUUUUGAAACAAAUAUAAAAAUAAAGACUUCUGCAAUAAAUGUCAGACCACAUGUAUUUAAACACUAAAUGUGGUGUUUUGGUAGAUGAUUCAAUGCUCCUGUUGAAUCUCUAUAGAGAUUUGUUCAUUCAUUUGUGAAUAAAGGAGUCUGAUACAAA